AUGCGUAAACUGUUGAUCCGGUACAUGGUUGAGAUUUUUGAUCCUAGCAAGGGCAGAUUCAUUGUACAAGACUUGGUUGGCGAAGUGUCUCUCGGUGCCGUGGAUGUUGAGUGCAUCUUGGCCUUGGAGAACCACGGACUGUCGGCAGAAGGUAUUCUCAGUGAGGAAGGUGAGGAUGUUAAAGAUCGAGUGCCGCCUCAAUUCCUGAGCAAGACCACAUGUAAUAUAGUCAACGAUGAUCUGAUUGUGGACAUCACAAAAAAUAAAUCUGCCGACGACGAUUUCCUUCGGAGAGUUGUCCUCGUGUUGCUUGGAACAGUUCUUGCUCCCAUGUCGAGCAAGACUGUCCCAAAGCAAUAUUACGCAUUGGUGGACGAUGUGAAGCGUAUAUCCAAGAUUAAUUGGAACGCGUUCACCCUCCGGGUUCUGCUGAACUGCCUUCACAACGUGAGGAAAGGCAAACACCUCCGCCAAUGGCCGAGAGGGAACUUAGCUCUCCUGCAGUACUUGUACUGGGAGAAGGUUCAGCCUCUGGAAGGUGAAUGCGCAUUCAAUCCUAGCUUGUCCAUGGAACAUCUAAUGAGAAAUUGGACUGAAGCUGCAGCCUCUAGGAGAGACAAGUUUGAUUAUGACCACGACCGUGGCCGUGGUAACAUCAAGAUUGAAGACAACAUAACCAAGGACUAUAGGGAGCAGGAGCGCAAAGUACCCGAACCAGAAAAGCCAAAAAUGAAGCCCGCCGUUGGUGCGGCAAAGAAGUCCAAGUUAGCCUCAAACGCGGACGAGAUGAUGAAGCUCAUCAUGAAGCGGUGUAUGGAUUACAUACACAGCCAAAUGAAGGAAAUACCGGAUCAAGUAGCCGAGAGAUUGUUAGAGAAGUUGGACCAAAAUGGUGUGAUGUACAAGCCAGCGGCUGCUAUGGCUUUCGGCAACAACGAUGCAGACAAAGAAGUGGAUUCCUUUGAUAAUGAGCCGGUGAUUGAUUUGACACAGCCUGACGAGCUUGUUGGAAACCAGAACAACGAUGAUGAGGAAAAAACAUCUGCCAAGUUAAAUGUUGACAAGACAACGAACUCUACUGAUGAGUGCGGCGCAACACCGGAGAACCCUUGGAUCAUAGGUAAUUCUCCUCGAGCAGAAUCAUCCGACAUUGACAUUUCUGCAAGUUCUAUUGACAGGAUGGUGGGUAAGAGAAAGGGGAAAAAGUCUGCAGCAACCGCAAAAGAAGACGAUGUUAUAUCCGGGAAGCGCCGACGGACCGUUCCCAAGAAAUUUGAAUCCCCCUUUGCACUUGACAAGCCCAGCAAGCGAAACGCACGCGCUCUGUUUAGUGACCAUGACGUGGAAGGCUCUGUUAAGGAUGAUUUGACACCGGAACUCAUCGAUACUGCUAUUACGUUUGUGGAGGCAGCUGAUCGGUCUGAGAAGAAUAUGACAAAAAGAGUUUACUACAAUGAACGUGGCACCUCUGUGACUGUGGAGAGUAUACGACCGAUUAUCGAUGCUUAUCAGACACAUUUGGCUCUGCGCAUUAGUCAUGAUCGGUACCUCUGUCUAGCCUGGAGGUCCAAAUACCUUGUUGAUCGUGCUAAGGCACGAGACAACCCUAAGCCGUCGAAAUACAACAUGGAUAGUGCGCUGAGCAGAGCUGGAGCAUCGUUUAUCCCGUUGAACGUCGGCAAUACACACUGGAUCACCGUGGUGAUGCACAACUGCAAGAAAGAAUUCCGAGUUUUUGAUUCGCUCUAUCCUCUCGAGUUCUCUCUCGACACUGUGAAAGCACUGCGACUAGCAUUAGCAAUAGAUAUGGAAGAGGCAAACCGUAUUACACCUGGCAAAUAUCCAGACGUCACUAAGUGGCCUAUCACAGCUCAGAUGGACAUGCCACAACAAGAGGACGGGAACUCUUGUGGCCUUUUGGUGAUUGAAGUUAUGGAGCAUUGGGACGGGGAACGAUGGACCACCGAUUUUACCCAGAACAUGGUUAAUGCAAGGAGAAGGCGUCUCGUCACCGAGUUGGUUCUCUCACCUACCAACACGCUCGAAUGUGUGAAGAACAAAAUUCGCGACAUCGCAAAGAAACGCAAGGUGUGA